AUGCAUUCUGUACAGCGGCCCUUCCAGUCAGGCCACACGACGUCAGCGUCCGGUUUUUUACGUUUCUGUGAGGUUUGCGAUAAGCCUUUCUUGAAGGAAGUAUCGUAUCAUCGCCAUAUUGUCUACUGCCGUCGAGCCAAGAAUCGGCGUCGGACUCGCCUCAGGUCUUGUCGAGCAUGCAGUGCUGCUAAAGCAAAGUGCAGCUUCCAACCCCAGUGCUUGCGAUGCACAAAUAAGGGCAUUGAUUGUGUGUAUGACACGGUGGCUGUGGCUUCUUCUGUUCCGGACCAAGUGAGAGUCGAGCAUAUGGCGCAAAUCACUACACCGGCCUUAUCCUCGGCAUCUUUAACAGGGGAUGGCUUGGCUUUGGGCGACUUGUUCACUUCAUGCGAUACAGAUAGUGCGCAAAUUGACAUCGAUUGGGAUGCACUUGGUGAUGCCUCCGCACACACAUCCAAAAUCAACCUUCCCCGUCUGAACGAGCCGAUACCGAAACCUACCUCCCACGGACGAAUUCCCUUUCAUGAUUCAGACGGUAGACAUUCCGAAGACAUCUCGCUCAAUAUAGAUUCUUGGAAUCCUCUUCAAUCUCCCGAAUUUACCUCUUCCGCUCUUACUCUUCGAGGCGAAGAUUUGUCUACUUUUUCCGGGCAUGCGCAGUCCUCUGAAUACUCGGGCUCAAAUUUUCUAGCUCGACUCCCAAUAUCAGAACCCGUGUCGCGGUUCAUCGCAACCAGUGUCAUAGAGAUGAUUCGCACUUACCCAUUGAUGAUGCUUCGUAUAGAGAACCUUCCACCUUUCAUACACGGCCACUGGUAUCGUCCCUCAGUCAAUGGCCGAUCUUCUCUGCCAGAACCACUAGUUAAUUGCAUGGGUAUAGCACAGAUAUUUGCUUCUCGUAAUAUCGAGAGCAAGAGUUACUUGUGGCAUUUGGUGAAGUUAGAGCAACAAUCCUUUAUUGAGCUGAACAAGCACCGCAAGUUCUCACGAGACGAUUUACUUGCAGCCAUACAAGCUCAGAUCAUGUACAUCAUCAUGCGGAUUAUUGAUAACUCUAAGACGGACCAAAGCAUGAAUUUGGAAAUGCUUGUAACUCAUGAGAUACUUUGCGAGAGCCUCGUGCAACUAUGCAAAGAGCCGUUUUGCCGAGAUGAGAGGCUACAUCCCAGUCCCAAUUGGGAAGACUGGGUAUUUGCUGAAUCCAGGAGAAGGACCGCUCUUGUGUGGUUUCUGAUUGCUCAGACGAUCCACAUCCAAACCGGGGUGUCCUGCGAGACAAUCAGCGGCUUCCAACAGCUCCCUCUAUGCUCACCUAAAUCACUUUGGGAAGCAAGGACGCACCCGAGAUGGCAAGCAGAAUAUGAUGUCUACCGGGUCAUGUCGCGGGAUGGGCUAGAUCUCUUUGGAGACCUCAUCCAGGCUUGCAAGCAGAGCGAUACAGGACCCGCCAGGGUUAAAUUAGAUACUUGGAAUGCCAAUACUGAUAACUUGGGCAUUGCACUUAGUUUGAGCGCUACAAUGAUGGCAAGAGACUGA